AUUCAAUAUGGCGAAAGUUAGUGUUGUGUCCGUUUACAAAAAGAAAUUGGAAUGACGUGCUAAUGAGAUAAUUGUUAGAGUAGAUAAAGUGUAAUAUGAAAAUAUUCAAAUUUUUUGCUUGUGCUGACACGUGAUAAAUUCUAAUUAAUUGCAUUUUAUUGUUCAAAGAAGUUGAGCGUGUUUGCUUUCGUAGGUUUAUAUUAGUCGAAUCUUCCGUAAGAAAUUAGAAAUUGCUGAGAGUAAUUAUCGAAUUGUUGGACAUCCAGACGGAAUGUGGGAAAUUUGCCAGUGUAGUGUAAAGGAUUAGAAAAAUUCCAAUCAUGACUGAUACAAGAAGAAGGGUAAAGUUGUAUGCGCUGAAUGCAGAUAGACAAUGGGACGACAGGGGCACAGGGCACGUUUCCUCGUCUUAUGUAGAUCGGUUAAAAGGUAUUUCAUUAUUAGUGCGUGCAGAAAGUGACGGUUCUUUAUUACUAGAGUCGAAAAUCCAGCCGGACACAGCUUACCAAAAGCAACAGGACACUCUAAUAGUGUGGUCAGAAGGUGACAAUUUCGACUUGGCUUUGAGCUUUCAAGAGAAACUAGGUUGUGAUGAGAUCUGGGAGAAGAUCUGUCAAGUGCAGGGCAAAGACCCUUCGGUUGAAAUCACCCAGGACAUCGUCGAAGAAUCUGAGGAUGAGAGAUUCGAUGACAUGUCAGAUUCAGCACCACCCAUCGAGUUACCCAGCUGCGAACUCAGUAGAUUAGAAGACAUUAGUGAAUUAAUAAGCAACUGUUUAAGUUCACCUAUGAGGAAAGAGAAAUUAGCAGCUGCCAUCGAAAGUGAGGGGUACAUUAGGAAACUGGUGAAUCUAUUUCACAUGUGUGAAGACUUGGAAAGCAUGGAAGGACUGCACCACUUGUAUGACAUAUUCAAGAAUAUAUUUUUACUGAACAAAAAUGUGCUGUUCGAUGUGAUGUUUAGUGAUGAAUUAAUAUUUGAUGUGGUUGGAUGCUUGGAGUAUGACCCAUCAUCUCCCUCUCCUAAAAGGCACAGGGAUUACCUUAGACAGCAUGCUACUUUCAGGGAAGCCAUCCCCAUAAAAAAUGUGGAGUUACUUUCUAAAAUCCAUCAAACAUUUCGAGUACAAUACAUACAGGAUGUUGUUCUACCAACACCAUCAGUUUUUGAAGAAAACAUGUUGUCUACUUUAAGUAGUUUUAUAUUCUUCAACAAGGUGGAGAUAGUGUCUUUGGUGCAGGAGGACGAGAAGUUCCUCACUGAACUUUUCUCAAUGUUGACAGACUUGCACACUCCUGACUCUAAGAGAAGGGAUUUGGUGUUGUUCUUAAAAGAAUUCUGCAAUUAUUCGCAGAAUCUGCAGCCCCAAGCCAAGGAGUCGUUCUACAAGACUCUGACGUCUCUCGGUAUAUUACCUGCAUUGGAAAUCACCCUUGCUAUGGAUGACCUCAAGACCAAGACUGCCUCUAUUGACAUACUUACGUACAUUGUAGAAUUUUCUCCAUCUGUGGUGAGGGAGUAUACUCUGCAACAGGCCAGUAAUACUGAAGAGGACCAGAUGCUCCUCAACAUAAUUAUUGAACAAAUGAUUUGUGAUACCGAUGCCGAACUGGGUGGUGCUGUACAGCUCAUGGGCGUACUAAGAAUAUUAUUGGACCCGGAAAACAUGUUGGCGUCCGUCAAUAAAUCCGAAAAAACGGAUUUUCUCAAUUUUUUCUACAAGCACAGCGUCCAUAUCUUGAUAGCGCCGCUGCUGGAGAAUACUGUGCAUGAUAAGCCGCAGAAGGAGGACUACAGGAGCGUCCAGCUCUUGGGGCUCAUUCUGGAGCUGCUCUCGUUCUGCGUCGAACAUCACACGUACCAUAUAAAGAAUUGCAUAUUGAACAAGGACUUGCUGCGUCGUAUCCUCGUCCUGAUGAAGUCCAGACACAAAUUCUUGGUGCUGUGCGCGCUGAGAUUCAUGCGCAAGCUGAUCGCGCUCAAGGACGAAUUCUACAAUCGAUACAUCAUCAAAGGCAACCUGUUCGCGCCCGUCGUGGACGCGUUUGUUCGAAACAACGGCCGUUACAAUCUCUUAGAUUCGGCCAUCAUCGAGAUGUUUGAAUUCAUUAAAGUCGAAGACAUUAAAACGUUGUGUUCGCACGUCGUUGAAAACUACGGAAAAUGUUUGGAUGACAUUUGUUACGUACAGACGUUCAAGUCGCUCAAGAUGAGGUACGACCAGCACCAAGACAAGCUCAAAGACAGAGAGAGGAACAGUUUAGAUGGCGUGCCGUCGAUACUGCGCAACAGCCGCUACCGCAGGGACCAGCGUCAAAUGGACGAGGAGGAGGAGUUGUGGUUCAACGACGAAGACGAUUUUGAGGACACCGAAACGGUGCUGCCGGCCGCCAACGAUAUGCUGACCAAAAAAUUGGACACCGAUUUGGACAGCAUCGGGAAGAUCAUGGAGAAGAGGCCGCCGCCGGCCGCGGCGGAGGCGAACGGGCCGAAGAUGAACAACAACUCGUCGUCGCCGAAAUCACCGCAUUCGCCGCAGUUGCACAACAACAAUACGACGACCACCACUACCACCACCGCCGGCAGUAACGCGACGGCGGGAGCCCUUCCGGCGGCGACGGCAGCGGCGGCGGACAGCCCCGUCGAGGCUACGACCGAGAGCAAGACGCAACUCAUCAAAAGGGGCCUGGUGGACUACGAGGGCGGCGAUUCCGACGAGGAGGACGACGAGAAUGGCGAGGUGACGAAAAGGCCGAGACUGUCAUAGUCGAAUCAAGCACGAUCUGCAGGU